UCGAUAUAUUGACAUUUUGAUACAUUAUCAACAACCCUAACAUUGGUAAACUCAUUAUCAACACUUUUUGCCAAAAUUAUCACUGAAAAGGAUCUGACGGAAAGGAGUAGAAAGGAAAAAAGGAUCGGGGAAUAAUUGAGGAGCACUGACAUGGCCACGCUUCCGCCUCGCAAGAGUCAGACGCCUACGCGGAUCUGCAUCUCGAAACAGCACCUGACACCGCUGCAGACGCUGCUCCAAAUGGGCUUUCCCAGGCACAGGGCGGAGAAAGCUCUGGCAUCGACAGGAAACCGGGGGGUGCAAAUAGCAUCCGACUGGCUGCUGGCCCAUGUGAACGAUUCCACUCUGGACGAAUGUGCUCCCAGGGAGUACAUCAUUUACGCGUGUCCUACCGGCCCCUUCCUACAGCAGCUGGAGGAGUUCUGGGCAAAGUCCCGUCAGAUGUGCGGGUGGAACGGUGCCCACAACUACGUGCCUCACAUAACUUUGGUAUCCUUUUUCAAGGCGCCCGAUGAAUGUUCGCUGCAGUUGUCCAAGUCCCUGAAGCAGGUGGUGGACAUGACGGGUGCUCUUCUAGAUCGUCCCCUAAAGCUGGAGCCUUACAUGAGCCAGAACUUUAUGGGCUUCUUUGUGGCCGAGGAGGAUGCUAACUACCUUAAGCGUUUGGCUCUCCAAUACGUCAAGGAGGUGUCCAACUCAAUCAUUAGCGAUACUUACGAGCAGCUGGACGCCAUUGUGGCAUGCUUCCCCUGGUGCGGAGCAGUAUCCUCGGGCACUCGCUGUAUACCCCGCAGCAGUCGAUCCAUUUCACUCGAACCCCACGUAAAGAGCCUGCACCUGACUCUCGCCUACCAGUUCCCGCAGGCACAGUUCAAUGCACUGAAAGCACUCGUGGAAACACUAGACGCCAGCUGCGCCUCAAAUUGGGAACUACGCCUCUAUUCGCGUGAUCCGCGACUCGCCACCAAACAAGUCCAAAAGGUCGUCUAUCCGCACAAUCCACACGAAACGGAUGAGCUGGAGUUGCGCAUCGGGGACUACAUCUACUUGAAUAGCGAGGUGGUGGACAGCUCUAGUGACGGCUGGGCAGAGGGUAUCUCCUGGUUAACUGGUAGCACGGGUCACUUACCUGUCAACUACACUGAACGAACGGCCGAGUCCGACGCCUGGACCCUACACCGAGUGGUGCAGCUCUCCAAGAGUGUGGCUUCUUCGCUGACCUCAGCCGAGGAUCUGGAUAUUGUGGACGGGCGUAGCUUAUCAACGGAACCAGAGGACCGCCAGCGCGAGUUGCAACAAAGCGCAACACACCCGGAGAUCAUUGAAGGAUCUUCUUUUGAGGAGUCGGAGCAAAGCGUGGAGAAGUAUUUGCGACAGACGCUGAAGCCCUGCCUGGAACUGCCUUCCGUGCAGCUCUUGAAUAGUCAAAAUUUGGCACACCAGCAUAAUCCCAACACGCCUACAAUAGAGAUAACCACCAAUAUGUCUUCCUGCUCGACCUCAAUGUCUAAGCAACCAGUAGACGAAAUUCAGGUGGAGCCGCCACCUGUGCAGCCUCCUCGCCCGGACGAUACACUUAGUGUCCACUCGGAUCACUCGCUUCAACCCGGCUCGCUGGACGCCUCGCACGCCAAAAACCGGAAAGUCUAUAUCAUGCGACAUGGGGAGCGCGUUGACUUUACAUUCGGCACUUGGAUACCUUACUGCUUCGAUGAGUUUGGAAACUACAUGCGCAAGGAUCUGAACAUGCCCAAGACCCUGCCGAGGCGGAAGAAUAGUCCAGAGGGUUGGCAAAACGAUUCGCCGCUGACCAACGUGGGUGUCUUCCAGGCCAGUCUUAUUGGUCAAGCUCUGCUGGAGGCUGAUGCCCAGAUCGACCAUGUCUAUUGCUCUCCCUCGUACCGCUGCAUCCAGACUUGCACCAGCGCCUUGGAGGGCUUGAAGUUGAAGGGCAAACAGAAGAUUAAACUUGAGCCAGGCCUGUUCGAGUGGAUGGCCUGGUAUCCCAGCGGAGUGCCCGACUGGCUCCAAAACGAGCUGAUCGAAGCCAAAUACGACAUCGAUUUAGACUAUGAGCCGGUGCAGCCAUCAUCAGACCUGACCGUUCGCCUUAAGGAGUCGACAGAGCAGUUUUACGAACGCAACCAUGACGUAAUUUUGCAACUGCUUGAGCGUACAACUGGAAAUAUUUUGGUGGUGGCCCAUGCCACAACGCUAGACACCUGCUCCCGCCAGUUGACCGGAGGAUGUCCGCGGAGCACCAAUGAGCUCCGGCAGGUCAUUCACAAGAUCCCGUACUGCAGCCUGGCAACGGUGGAACAGGUUGAUGGAGUGUGGAAACUGGUAGAGCCCGAGUGUCUUCCGGUGACGCACUCGAAGAAUCCGCGGUUCGAGUGGAAUGCCUUAUCGACCACCUAGUGCCAGUGCUUGGAGCAGUUUCUGUGCAAGCAUUGAGACUGAAAUCGGGCGCGAUGGAAGGAAAGGAACCAGAGGAAACUUUUACAUUGACGGAUGUAUACGUAAUUCAUUUGCUAAGCUGUCGGGAAAUUGCAUUUUACAGCUCGGACACUGAAGCUUCCAUAGUUUGAUUUACCGAAACUGCCAUAAAGAUUGAAGGGGUAUGGAGAGAAUUAGAAUUAUUUGCUGACCCGCUGGACACGUCUGUCGAAACAAUAAUAAUGCUUUUUCAAAAGCUA